CAAGGUUUUGAACAUGUUAGUGCUUGAUUGUUAGAAAUUAAAUUGAAGAAAAAUCAAAUCAAAUAAAAUAUUUUAACAAAUGAUGAAAAACCCAAACCACGUUCACACACAAUUUGGCUAAUUCAUAGACUUGAUUAAUUAGUGCAUGGAUUAGAACACUUGUCCUCAUGGUGAAGAGACAAGUCCAAGAAAUUGUGCAUGCACUUUCUAGGCCCCUUGUCCUUCAAAUUUCUUCAACCCUUGGCCUAUAAAUUCGACCAUUCUGCAGCCCUGAGGUCACACCACACCUCAGACUCAACCUAGCUUCAGAAAUCAGAGAGAGAGGCUCCCAAUUUUCCUUACAAAUCUUCAACUUGUUCUUCAUUUGCUCCAUUUUGUUCUUCACGAAAUACUCUUCCAUUUUCUACUAAACCACUUCAAUUAUGUUUCUGGGUUUUUAAGGAUAAAUUAUGGAGAAGUUUGGUGAGGUUCUAGGCACGAUAGCAUUAGUUCUGGGCUUUUCCCCUUCAACAUGUUCUUCAUCUUCAACAUGUAUCCUUCAUUUGAAACCUUCUCAAAUCACUCUGAAACCACCACCAUCAUGUUCCUGGAAGCCUAAAUAUCCAUUAUGGAAAUUUACACAAUAUUCUGGGUUGAUUUGGGUUGUUUCUUGGCUCAUUAUUCAAGUUGUUCGUCGUGUUCUUCAUUGCCACCGUGCUGUCCAGUUUUCCGGCGAGAAUCAUCAACUUACAACGUGUUUUUCUCCCUCGUCCGAACUCCGAUUGAGACGAUUCAAAAACCGGUAUUCUUAUGGAAGGAAAGAGAAUCUAAAUUCGUGCUACAUUCAUCUCCGGCGAGGAACUCCGCUGCUGCAGCCGCAUCUUCAUCUUGUAUGGCGAGUCAGUUUCUGGAAAUUUCCAGAUUUGAGAUUUUGAGGUUCUUUCACUUCCAUAACCUAUUUUUGAGGUUUUUUUAAGGGAAAACUAUGGAAAUGGUCCCUGAUGUUUGAGCGAGCGCUGGUUUUGGUCCCUUCCCGGAGUAACUUCCAGAAAUGGUCCCUCCGGUGGCCAAAACCACCGCGCCUGAGUUUUACACCGGCCACCAUGCACACAUGGCCACGCCACGUCAAUUAAUGAGAUGACGUGGCAUUUUUUUUGUUUUAAAAUAAAAAAACUAAAAAACCUUAAAUUAACUAAAUUUAAACCUAAUCUAAUAUCCUAAUCCAAGUACACCAAAUGUAAACCUAAAUUCAUGCUACUUAACAUCUGAAUUCCCAAAUCCUCAAUUCAUGUCUUAGGGUUCUGAGUUUUCCCCAAAUCCGAGCUUCUCUCUUCAUCAUCCCAGCAUCUUCAUCAUCACAUUUAUCAUUGUGUGUGCUAAUCGUGCAUCAUCAUCACAUUCGACCCUUUAUCUUCAUCCUCCACGAAUCUGACAUGAUGGGUAAGGCUACAUCUUCUGGUUCUGGUUCCGCCUCCGCUUCCGGUGGUCGUUCUUCCGCUGCUGCCGUUAUGCGUCGUGGAUUCUGUGACUGUGGAGAAAGGGUUCUUUACUUGACCUCCCACAGUGACGCGAACCCAGGAAGGAAGUUCUGGAGGUGCAGUAUUUGGAAGUCACCACCUGAGUGUGGGUUUUUUUUGUGGGAUGAUGAAUAUGCGUUUGAAGGAGCAAAUACCAGAGCUGUAGUUGAACUGACCAGAACAUUGCGUGAAUUGGAUGUGAUGAAGAAUAAACUGGAAGAGACCAAGAAGACCUUGAAGGAGUGUAAGAUGAACUUAGAGGAUUUGAGGAGGAAGAAUGAUAAGGUUCAGAGGAAGCUUGAGUAUGAAAUGAUGAAGAAGAAUAUGGCUAUUGUUUGUGGUAUUCUGUCAUGGUUUUGGUUUGUGUUUAUGUCAGGAAAACUUAAUGUUGUUGUGUAGGUAGUUGAAAGUCAGGGAUGUAAUAUUGAAGGAUGAUGAAAAAUUGAAAGGAAUUGAAGUUGGUUGUUGGAUACAACCUAAAUGUAUCUCUGUUUUCAUUAAUG